GGCGACAGCAUUCUUCAGUCCGUCAUCAGGCAUCACAGCAUCCACCAAGGAGUUGAUGUUGAUUUAAGUAAACAUUUGAGCCCGUCUCUAGAGUGAAGGAUGUCAUCAUUUCCCUCAGUGUGUACAACCUUCCAUGUAUCCCCUUCAUCCAGAGAACACACCUGUGACCUCGGCGGGGUGAUUUUGAACCACGGUGGAUGUGCGACGAUUGAUCACGGGCAGAUGCUGGGACCUGAGCUCGGUCUGGUGGAGAUGUCCGAGGUUGAAUACACACACCUCCAGCACCUCAUCCAGGCACAAAUGGAGGUACACGUUUCCCCUCCAGAGUUACCCGCUGCCAGAUCUCACCCAGCUACGGUGAUGGUUAAAGACGCCACAAUGACUUCCCCCAUCGUGACCAAUCAAGCUAUCGACCUGUCCACUUCAAUGGAUGAACACCAUCAGGUGAUGCCAGGAGAAAAGACACCGGCUUCUCACGGAGAGGUCCCGGGUUUCGUGCUGGCCAGAGUCCGAGGUGAAGACAGCCCGACUGAACUACGUGCCAACAGCAGCACGUACUCGCAGACGCGAUCCAGAUCGGCUGCCAGGGUUUGCUUGGAGAAAAGGUUUAACGCCCUGUCUGCUAACACCCCAAGACAGCAAGAUAUUCAGUCUGCAGUUCUCAGCAAUUUCUUGACAAUGCUUCAGCAGUCUGCAGAGGCUCAAGAGGCGGUCAUACACAUGACCACUGACAGAGCCGAUCCUUUUGAGGUUUCCAGCCCAUAUGCAGGGGGUGUAUUUAACCCAGUCACCAACAUGUGUGAACAAGUGAUUGGCCAUAAUCCUCAUGUGGUUGAACCUAACAAUCAUCAGGGUUUAGUCAUCCCCAAGUUCUCAUUUAACUUCUGCCCGGAAAGGGUUGUUACGAAAGCUCACUAUACAAUAGAGGAGCAGCAGUUGGUGAACACAGGAAAUGAUGUGGCGACACCGGCUACCUUCAGGAAGCACGGUGGCACCCGCACCUCCCGACCCAGCAAGGCUGCCCCGGACUCAGCCGGAGAAUCAGGGAGCAGCACCUCGAAAAGGACCCGAUCUCAUCUGUCACUGAUCCAGCGCAGGGAGGUACACAACAGUAAAGAGAGGAAACGCAGGAAGAUGAUUCGUUUGUACUGUGAUGAGCUGAACAUGCUGGCGCCGUUUUGUGAGUCGGAUACAGACAAAGUGACCACCCUGCAGUGGACCACCGCCUUCCUCAGAUACAUCAAGAAAACAUACGGAGACACCUUCAAAGAAGAGUUCCAGAAGACAUUCGCUGAUGGGAAAGGACGCUUUCUUAAAUCCAGCCCUUCUUCAGGCCCGGACCCAAUCCACCGGGAGAAGGAGGACACACUGAGCAUCCCUCUGGCGGUAGAGCAAUGA